GAAGCGACUCAGUCAAAAUGGCGGCGGGGCAACAGUGGGUGUUGGUAGAGAUGGUGCAAGCUUUUUACGAGGCACCAGCAUAUCAUCUGAUUUUAGAAGGUAUCCUCAUUUUGUGGAUUAUCAGACUGCUGUUUUCCAAAACAUAUAAACUUCAGGAGAGAUCAGACCUCACAGAAAAGGAGAAAGAGGAGUUGAUUGAGGAGUGGCAGCCCGAGCCGCUGGUUCCCCUCGUACCAAAAGACCAUCCAUCCCUCAAUUAUGAUGUGGUCACGGGCCCUCCAAGCCACAGAAUCAUUGUGAAUGGGAAAGAGUGCAUUAACUUUGCCUCAUUUAACUUCCUGGGUCUGCUGGACAGCGAGCGUGUAAAGCUGAAGGCUUUGUCGUCGCUGAAGAAAUACGGUGUGGGGACGUGUGGACCGAGAGGCUUCUAUGGGACCUUCGAUGUUCAUCUGGAGUUAGAGGAGCGAUUGGCGAAGUUCAUGAGAACAGAGGAGGCCAUUAUCUACUCGUACGGCUUCGCCACCAUCGCCAGCGCUAUCCCAGCGUACUCCAAGAGAGGAGACAUCGUCUUUGUCGACGAGGCGGCCUGUUUCUCCAUUCAGAAAGGCCUGCAGGCUUCACGCAGCUUCGUCAAGUACUUCAAACACAACGAUAUGGAGGAUCUGGAGCGCCUUCUGAAGGAGCAGGAGAUCGAAGAUCAGAAGAAUCCACGCAAGGCGAGAGUAAUCAGACGGUUCAUCGUAGUUGAGGGACUCUACAUCAACGCUGCAGAUAUUUGCCCACUACCUGAACUGGUGAAGCUGAAGUACAAAUAUAAAGUCCGGAUCUUUCUGGAGGAGAGCAUGUCUUUUGGGGUGCUUGGGGAAUACGGAAGAGGGGUCACAGAGCAUUUUGGGGUCAAUAUCGAUGAUAUUGACCUGAUCAGUGCCAACAUGGAGAAUGCGCUGGCGUCCAUCGGAGGUUUCUGCUGUGGACGGUCGUUCGUUAUUGAUCAUCAGCGUCUGUCGGGUCAGGGUUACUGCUUCUCAGCGUCUCUUCCACCCAUGCUGGCCUCUGCUGCUAUUGAAGCCCUCAACAUCAUGGAGGAAGAUCCAGGCAUUUUCAGGGUUCUGCAGGAUAAGUGCAAACACAUGCACAAAGCACUACAAGGGACUCCAGGGCUGAAGACGGUCGGAGAGCCUUUAACUCCUGCUCUCCAUCUGCUGCUGGAAAACAGCACCGGAUCCAGAACAAAUGACCUGAAGCUGCUCCGAGCGAUCGUCGAUUACAGUUUGGACCGACAGAUCGCGCUCACUUUGGCUCGAUACCUGGACAAAGAAGAGCGAUUUCUUCCACCGCCAAGCAUCAGAGUCGUCGUGACUGUUGAGCAGACGCAGGAGGAGAUGGAGAAAGCAGCGCAGUGCAUUCGAGAAGCAGCUGUGAAGAUCCUGAAAUGACGACCGAUCACCUUCAACAGCAUGAAGCUUCACAUGUGUCAUUGACAGCGAGAGCCAUCCCGCCUGAUGGUUCGGUGACCUUUGACCCGACACAACUCCAUUGGAUGAAUACUCUUGAUUGAACCUGCUUGUAUUAUAUUUAUGUAUCCCAUACCUGCUGUACAGAUAAUGUUGAUUAUUUUAGUCUUCAUUUCACAUUGAAAUAGAUGCAGAGCUGGUUCUUCGCGCUGUUUGCGGUUGGUGUGCACCAUCAAACCUAUUUAUGUUGUGUUCAUCGCCUUGAAUGAUGAUGGGAGGUCUUGACUAAUCAGCAAUAAAUAUGCCAUAAAAAAUAGUUUUUUAUAUACACUAAUAAUUACAUUCCUUUGUUACCUUUGACCAAAGAGUUGCUUCUUUACAACAUGAGAAUCCUUUCACAAUGUUUAUGCACUGCAUAUUGAGUUUUUUUUUUAUAUAUAUAUAUAUAUCCAUGCAUUCUGAAUAAUGCAGUUAUGCAGUACUGGGUCUAUAGCAUAUCAAUAUGAUCUGGUUUAGCUUCUGUGAUUGUCAUUAUAUCAAAAUGUAACAUUGUUUUCAAGCAAAUUUCAAGAAUAAAACACAUUUCAGCCUUUAAAUAGGAAUGUUGCAUUGGUUUUUAUCAUCUUUUUCAUCUCCAAGAAUGAAUUU